CCACUCUGAGCAUAAAAAACGCCAACGCUCUUCUCUGUUCUCAAAACGCCGCGUCGUUUCGUUUCAGAUUGAUCGGCAAAAUCAUGGCAGCCAUGGCGUCAACCGCCUUCACUUUACCUCUCGCAUCAACAAAGCUCUUUAAUUCCUCCUUUCACGGCACUGCCGUCUCACCACCGCCAUCUUUUCUUCCUCAACCCACCAAAGGUUCCACCAGAAACUUCUCAGUUUCUGCCUCUUCUAAUCCUCCCUAUGAUUUGAACGCUUUCAAGUUCGACCCCAUCAAGGAGUCUAUUGUAUCCCGUGAAAUGACACGCAGGUAUAUGAUGGACAUGAUCACACAUGCUGACACUGAUGUGGUGGUGGUCGGUGCUGGCUCUGCUGGGCUCACCUGUGCAUAUGAGCUUAGCAAGAAUCCUAACAUCCAGGUUGCUAUUAUUGAGCAAUCUGUUAGCCCUGGUGGUGGCGCGUGGCUCGGUGGACAGCUCUUCUCCGCCAUGGUCGUGCGCAAACCAGCUCACCUUUUCCUUGAUGAGUUGGGCAUUGACUACGAUGAGCAAGACAACUAUGUUGUGAUCAAGCAUGCUGCUCUUUUCACCUCUACCAUCAUGAGCAAGCUCUUGGCUCGCCCGAAUGUGAAGCUCUUCAAUGCGGUGGCGGCCGAGGACUUGAUAGUGAAAGGAAACAGAGUGGGUGGUGUGGUGACCAACUGGGCACUUGUGUCCAUGAACCAUGACACACAAUCUUGCAUGGACCCCAAUGUGAUGGAGGCCAAGGUUGUGGUGAGCUCAUGUGGCCACGACGGACCUUUUGGUGCCACCGGUGUGAAGAGGUUGAAGAGCAUUGGAAUGAUCAAGAACGUGCCUGGCAUGAAGGCCCUUGACAUGAACACCGCUGAGGAUGCUAUUGUGAGAUUGACCAGGGAGAUUGUGCCUGGAAUGAUUGUCACUGGCAUGGAAGUUGCUGAGAUUGAUGGAGCUCCCAGAAUGGGGCCGACAUUUGGGGCGAUGAUGAUAUCAGGGCAGAAGGCGGCUCACUUGGCAUUGAAGGCGUUGGGACAGCCCAAUGCAUUGGAUGGAACAUAUGUGCGAAGCAUUCAACCAGAGAUGAUCUUAGCCGCGGCCGAAUCUACUGACAUUGCCGAUGCUUAAUCUGGUUGUAGCAAACAUUUUGCAAACAAACCAGUAAACAGUUACAAUUUCUCGGUUAGAAUGGCGAGCUCUGGAGAUUAUGAUUAUCAUGUAGUCACAUCAUUCAGUAGUUUUUGCUAAUAAUGGGAAGGGUAUCUGUUUAUCCCUCCUCCUGUUUUUCUCUGUAAGAACUGUUGGAUUUAUGGUGGUAAAGACUUCGUUAUCUUUACCAUUUUCCUGGCUUUACAA